AUGAAACUGACAAUUACUUGGCUAAUUGGGAAGAUUACAUUACAUUUCUACAAGACCAGAUUUUUAUUUUGUUAAAAACAAGACCAGAUUUCACCCCAAAUCUGGUUCGGAUCCUCCCAACCUCAUUCUUGAACCUUUUAUAAACCCCAUUUAGCUCCAAACCAAAACGGCCAAACUUUUUCUCGUCUAAAGAGAAAAAGACUAUUAGAGAAUUAGUCGUAAAUUUUGUUAAGAGUAGAAAAAAAAAAUGGCGUCUUUGAUUGACAUUGUGCCCCUAAUGUUUCUUUUAUUUACCACAUUCUACCACUUUGGUGAGGCUAGAAUCAUUGAAGUGGGAGGAUCAUUGGACGCAUGGAAGGUUCCAGAAUCUCCCAACCACACUCUCAGCCAUUGGGCUGAGUCCGUCCGGUUCCAAGUGGGAGACGCUCUUUGUACGGAUCUAAUUAUUUCUUCUAAAAUUACACUUUUGACUUUGGUCAUGAUGAGUUUUGUGUUUAAAUACGAUUCAAAGAUGGAUUCGGUGUUACAAGUAACAGAAGAAAACUACGAAAAAUGCAACACAGAGAAGCCUUUGAAAGAACACAAAGACGGAUACACAACAGUGAAACUCGAUGUCUCAGGUCCUUACUUCUUCAUAAGUGGAGCACCGACCGGUAACUGUGCUAAAGGUGAGAAAGUGACUGUCGUGGUUCAGUCACCUAACCACCAGCCCAUGCCAAAGCCAGGACCAGCGGCUGUUACGCCCACUAUUCCUCCAAAGCCAUCUACUACUUCGGCUGCUCCAGCGCCAGCUCCACCCACUCCUUCUCCAAAGUCAUCUACUUCUAUGCCGGCUCCUGCGCCAGCUCCGGCCAAGAGCUCUGCUGUUGGGUUGGUUGCUGGAACUGGCAUCUUCUGGGCCUCGACUCUUGUUGCUGUCAUUGGGCUUGCUUUCGUUUAAGGCUUUUAAGAAGAGUUUCCUGAAGUUUAAAUUUCAUGUUAUGCAUUAUGUUUUGCAGAAUAAUGAUUAUCAGAAUUUACAAUAUGUCAUAUUUGACAUUUACAAAUAAUUUAAUUUACUAUUUUUUUGUUCCU